AUCACUUAACCGCCCCUCGUCCUUCCAAGGGAAUAUAAUAAAGCCGUACCUUUGCCUUUGCUCUUUUAGCUCAAAAAUUACAUCAUUCUCUAACUAAUCCCCCCAUUGCAUUAGCCAUGAGGCUCAAAACUAACUCCAUUUGGCUCUUUGCCUUUCUCUUUGCACUCUUUUCCAUCCUAAUCUCUCUGUAUACACUCCCUCCUUCUUCCCAAGCAACCAUCUCCAUGAAAUUUGAAGCUUCCUUCGUCAAGAAAGUUGUGAGCCAAAGCGGUGAAUUCAUAUCUUUGCUAACGAGGAUGGUGUCUAGACAUCAUCAUCAUCAUCGUCAUCGACGUCGUCACCAUCAUCACCAUCAUAGGAGGGGGCGUGAGCACAAAUGUGAUCAUAUCAAAUGGAGGUCGAGCUUGAGCACUAGCAGCCUUAUUUAUCAAUACAAAGUGUCACUUGUAUUAACAGUUGACUUAGAGGGUUGCGGUAACUUCAGCAGUGCGCAGAAGGCUAUCGAUGCUGUUCCGGAUUCCAGCCCCUCCAAGACCCUGAUCAUUAUUUAUUCUGGUACAUACAGGGAGAAGGUUGUGGUCCAUGCAAGCAAAUCCAACUUGAUAAUUCAAGGUGAGGGUUUUCUCAACACAGUUAUAGAAUGGAAUGACACUGCAACUUCCACUGGAGGAACAGUGUACAGCUCUUCGGUUGCCAUCUUUGCUUCUAACUUCACAGCCUAUAACAUUAGCUUUAAGAAUACAGCUCCAGAGCCAAUCCCUGGUGAAACCGGAAAGCAGGCAGUGGCGCUUAGAAUAGCAGGGGAUCAAGCUGCUUUCUACAAUUGUGGAUUUUAUGGAGCCCAAGACACACUUCUGGAUGAUCGUGGCAGACAUUAUUUCAAAGGUUGUUUCAUACAAGGUUCUAUUGAUAUCAUUUUUGGAAAUGCUAGAUCACUCUAUCAGGGUUGCGUUAUCCACUCAAUUGCUAAAGAAGGGACGAGUGGAGUUAGCGGAUCCGUCACAGCUCAUGCAAGACAAUCGUUGAAUGAGCAAACAGGGUUUUCAUUCGUAAAUUGCAUCGUCCGGGGAACCGGGAGCGUCUGGCUUGGUAGAGCUUGGGGAGCGUAUGCCACCGUCGUCUUCUCCCGAAGUUACAUGUCGGAUGUUGUGGCACCGGUCGGAUGGAACGACUGGCGAGACCCUUCUAGAGACCAGACUGUUUUUUUUGGAGAAUAUGAGUGCUUGGGGCCUGGAGCAAACUACACAUUCAGAGCUUCUUAUGGGAAGCAGCUAAUGGAAUAUGAAGCAGCUCACUACAUGAACAUAUCAUAUAUUGAUGGAGAUCAAUGGCUUCAAGACUAGGCUUUCAUCUUCAUGCUAUAUAUAUAUUAUAUCCUAUAUUCAAACCCUCAUAUAGUUUAUGUAGAAAAAUUCAUUUCUGACGGAAAUUAUAAGUACAUAUGAAAUUGUUAUCUUA